AUGAACAUUGCAUCUGAAUGGAUGCUUCUUUUCCUUGCUUUCUUCAUUCCUCUUCAACUCCCAAGCUUGUUAGCCUCUACUGAUACAGGUUACAUAAGCAUAGAUUGUGGGGCAGAGGAGGCCUACACUGACAGUGACAGCAAUAUUUGGUACCAAACAGAUUCAGGCUUUGUAGAAACAGGCAAGAAUCACAAAUUACCCUCAGGUUACAGCUUCGAUCAACCCCAAAUGUCGAAGCAGCUCAACACAUUGAGAAGCUUCCCGGACGGAGUUAGGAACUGCUAUACCCUCACUCCCAAACAGGGUAAAAACAACAAGUAUCUAGUUAGAGCUUUCUUUGCUUACAGAAACUACGACUUGAAGCACACGCCACCUUCUUUUGAUGUGUAUCUUGGCGUGAAUCAUUGGAACACUAUUGAGUUUGGGGAUCUCUACAUGUAUUUUCCCAUUGAAGUCACUCAUUUUGCUUUGUCAGAUACCAUAAGUGUGUGUCUUGUGAACAUUGGAAAAGGGGUUCCUUUCAUUUCGUCCUUGGAACUCUGGCUUCUUACUGAUUCUACUUAUCGAACCUCCAGUUCGUUUCCGCUGGAUAUCUUGACUCGGUCAACCUUUAGCAUGUCUGAAGAUACCUUGUUCGUCAGGUUUGAAGAUGAUGUGUAUGAUCGUGUGUGGUUUAACAGAAUAGUCGGCAAUUCAAAGAAAAUAUCCACAUCAGCAACUAUUGAUUCUUAUGGAAUAGAAAAUACUAACAAGCUGCCAUCACAAGUAUUGAAGACUGCAAUACAGUCUCUGAGUCUCAACUCUUCCUUGGAAAUCUACUUCAAUAACCAUACUGAUAGUUCACACGUGUAUUAUAUCAACCUUUACUUCUUUGAAUUUGAUCAGCGUGUAACAACUCAGAAAAGGAUCGUGGAUGUUACUUUCAAUGAUAAAAGCAUCCUCACAGAUCCCUUUACUACACAACAUCUGAAGCUCGUCACAAUUGUUCAGAAUAUCACACAAGCAGACCAUCUUCGUAUUUCGAUCAAAGCCACCCCAGAAUCUGAUUUGCCAGCCAUGAUCAAUGCCUUUGAGGUUUAUAGAGUACUAAGCCUGACUAAUUCAGCAACUUAUCAAGAGGAUGCUGAUACUAUUCUGAAAAUCAAACAUAUUUAUGGUAUCCCCAUCAUAAAUUGGCAAGGGGACCCAUGCAUUCCAAACCACUUUGCUUGGGAAGAGCUUACUUGCAGCUCUGAUGGCACUCCAAGGAUUAUUUCACUGAACUUGAGCUCAAGGGGACUAACAGGGCCGAUAGAUGUUUCCUUUUCAAGAUUCUCUGAACUACAGUCCUUGGACUUAUCAUACAACAAACUGACUGGAGAAGUACCAGAAUUUCUUGCACAGCUAUCAAAUUUGAAAUUCCUAUUGGAAAGAAAUCCAGGUCUUUGUCUGGCCAGAUCAUGCAAGACAAAGAAGAAUCUUGUUCCAUUAAUUGCAUCUAUUGCAGCAUCCGUGGCAGUUCUAGUAAUGAUUGUCCUUACUUUCCUGAUGAUCCGGAGAAUCAAAAAGAAAAACGGAGUAUCUAAGAAAGAUUGGCAAGAGAAAUCAGACAAAUACGUAUUUUCUUUAAGGGAUGUUAAUAGAAUUACCAAUAACUUCAAAACUAAAAUUGGAAAAGGAGGAUUUGGAGAAGUUUACCUUGGUACUAUGCAAGAUGGUAGAGAUGUUGCUGUCAAGCUACUUUCUCAGACAUCAAGGCAAGGGGAUAGGGAGUUUCACUCGGAGGUAAAUUUGUUGACUAUCGUUCACCAUAAAAACCUGGUUUCUUUUGUGGGGUAUUGUGACGAAGGUGACGUGAAAGCAUUGAUCUAUGAAUAUAUGGACCAGGGGAAUCUGCAAGGGCUAUUGUCAGGUAGAAAUCCAAAUGUCUUGAAGUGGUCAGAAAGACUUCAAAUUGCUGUGGAUGUUGCACUUGGUAUGUGA